AUGCAUUUAAAGUUCCUUACUAUUUCUGCAGCAGUCUUUUUGUUCGCAACCGUAUCCCAAGCUGCCCCCAUUGGUGAAAACCUUGGUAGCCAAGUCCCUGCCACCCAAGCAUUGAGUGGUGUUCAGGCUUCCCCUGAUACCGUUGGCACCACAGUACAAGAUACCGUCGGAGCCGUUUCUGGUGCCGCUCAGAAUCGAAAGCGUGCUGUCAUUGGUAGCGAUAAGGACAGCAAGCACAACCAAAACCAGGCUGUUGGCGUCAACGUUAAAGAUUCCUUGAAUGAUCUUGACGUCGUCGAUGGUGCUGGCGUUUCCGUUGGUGCCAAGAGCCCCAACACCCAGAUCAAAAAGAAUACCAAGCGUGCCGUCAUUGGUGGUGACAAGAACGCCAAGGGCAACCAGAACCAGGCCGUUGGUGUCAACAUUAAAGAUUCCUUGAAUGAUCUCGACGUCGUCGAUGGUGCUGGCGUUUCCGUUGGCGCCAAGAGCCCCAACACCCAGAUCAAAAAGAAUACCAAGCGUGCCGUCAUUGGUGGUGACAAGAACGCCAAGGGCAACCAGAACCAGGCCGUUGGUGUCAACAUUAAAGAUUCCUUGAACGAUCUCGACGUCAUUGAUGGUUUGAAGGCUUCCAUUGGUGCCAAGAGUCCCAACACUUCGAUCAAGAAGAACACCAAGCGUGCCGUCAUUGGUGGCGAUAAGAACGCCAAGGGCAACCAGAACCAGGCCGUUGGUGUCAACGUUAAAGAUUCCGCGAAUGACCUCGACGUCAUUGAUGGUUUGAAGGCUUCCGUUGGUGCCAAGAGUCCCAAUACCCAGAUCAAGAAGAACACCAAGCGUGCCGUCAUCGGUGGAGACAAGAAUACCAAGGGCAACCAGAACCAACUCGUCGGUGUCAACGUUAAAGAUUCCGCGAACGACCUCGACGUCAUUGAUGGUGCUGGCGUUUCCAUUGGUGCCAAGAGCCCCAACACCCAGAUCAAGAAGAAUACCAAGCGUGCCGUCAUCGGUGGCGAUAAGGACAGCAAGCACAACCAGAACCAAGCCGUUGGUGUCAACGUUAAAGAUUCCUUGAAUGAUCUCGAUGUCGUCGAUGGUUUGAUGGCUUCCGUUGGUGCCAAGAGUCCCAAUACCCAAAUCAAGAAGAACACCAAGCGUGCCGUCAUCGGCGGUGACAAGGACAGCAAGCACAACCAGAACCAGCUCGUCGGUGCCAACGUUAAAGACUCUUUGAAUGACCUCGAUGUUGUUGAUGGUUUGAUGGUCUCCGUGGGUGCCAAGAGUCCCAACACCCAGAUCAAGAAGAACACCAAGCGUGCCGAUGAAGAAUCCGAAGCAUCUCAGGACCCCGUGACUCAAGUGCAAACCAAGGCCGAUGAAGUCGUUUCCAAGGGCAAGGAAGCUGUCGACACUGUCAAGGACCAAGCCGCAACUGCGGAAAAGACCAUCAAGAGUGCCAAUGGAUCAGCUUAA